ACCGCGAACCAAGCAAAACGUCAUGGCAUUCUCCACGCAAAAGGAAUUCUUCCAUGUGCCGUUCAAGAACGCACCCGCCCCGGGUCGUGACUGCCCCGAGGCGUGUGUCAAGCUAAAGAGCUAUCCAUCAACCAUCGAUGAUCGCUCCUGGUCGGCAAGUGAAAACAAAAAGUCGCGGUUUGUGGCAGAUCUGGUUGCCUGCCAUGCAGCGGCUGGUGGUGCUGGCGGUGCUGCUGAUGCUGGUCGAGGCAACGAUACAGCGGGCCAGAAGCCAUCAGACGGACGCGGACGUGGACGCGGAAACAACGCUGGGCCACAAGGAGGCAAUGCUGGUGGUCUUUCGGGAAAUACCAGCAACGCUGGGCCACAAGGGAGCAACGCUGGCGGUCCCUCGAGCAACUCAAGCAACGCUGGGCCACAAUCCGGGCUCACUACUGGCGGACCCUCGAGCAACGCUAGCAGACGCGGCAGCAACGAAGGCGCUCCUGCAACCAGCAAUGACAUACAAUUAAGGGCAGCGCCAGCCAGCAGCGGUAGCGGAGCCUUGGGCGGCCCAAGCGCUCGGACACGUCAAACAGGCCUGGCGGAUGAAUAUGGGAGCAAUCUGGUGUUGGGUGACAGCCUAAUCAAUGCUGCCGAUGAUACAAUUGGACGUAUGGAGAGUCUGAUGAUUAAGAACAAUAUACUAAAGGAAAAGCUGGCCGACUCUAAGGAUCAACUGAAGACGGCGCAGCAGGAGUCCGCCGAGAUCAAGCGUAUUAUGGCACAACGCUACGAUCCAGAUAGAAGCAGGGCACUGAAGAAGAAGGUGAAAGAGCUGUCCGAUGCCAAGAAAAUCGAUUCCAAAGAUGAGCGGGAGCUGAAUGAAAUGAUGAUGGCCAUUGACGACAUGAACAAGGCCCACGAUAUCCUCGAGGCGGAGAAUGCCAAUCUGAAGCGUCUGAUAGAGAAGCAGUCGAAGCGCUGCAACCUGGAGAGCAUCAAGAUCGAGCCCGAGAAGAGCAGCGACAUACCCUACCUGCAGAGGAAGAUUGAAACUCUUGGCAAGGAACUGGUGCUGCUGCGCCAAGCCGAGGACGAGUGCAUGAAGGCUGCAGGCAAACAGUCUGGCGGCAAAUACUCAUUCUCGCCCGAAAAGGACGUGGGCAACAUACAGAAAAUUCUGGCGGAGCGCGAUGCCCUGCGCAGGAAGUGCAAGGCCCUAACGAUGCUCAACGAGCGUGUUGGCAAUCUGAAGAACCAGGCUGAGACGGCAGAGUAUGUUAAUGGCGAUUUGGAGGCGAAUCUUGACCAUCGUGACCAAUAUAUCAGCGACAUGCAUCAGGAGAUAGAAGAAAUGCAAAACUUCUACGAGGGCGAGGUGGACAAGGUGAAAGGAAACGAGGAGUUACUUCUGUGCCGCUGCAAUGAGAUGAAGAAACAGCUGGAGGUUGUCCAGACCACCGCUCAGAAGGCCAAAUGCCAGACCAUGGAGAUCGAUGUGCUGCGCAACGAGUUGCGCAAACGGGACGCUGCCCUGAGCGCUUACGGUAUUCAGUACGAACAACUGAUGAACGUUGUAGCCGAGCUGAACCAGAUGUACGGUAACCAGCGUGCCGAUUGUGGACCCUUCACAGAUAAGACUUCACAGUGUGCAUUGGGCGUUGGCGAUGUGGACGCUAAUCUGGCCGUCUAUACGGGCGCCACUCUGGACCACAUCAUGAGCGAGCUGUCGAAGCAAGGGGAGUGCUUCCAGCAAAUGAAUCAAAACAAUUAUCCUGGUGGCUCUCACAUAAAUAACUUGGAGGACUGCAACCGGGAGUUGAACCGCCUGAGGAACUUGCUGAGGGAGAAGGACGGCGAAUUGGAGGAUUUGUACGAUGAGAACGAUUGCCUCUGUGUAGCUGCCGAAGACAGCAAAAAGAAACUAGAGGAACUGGACCAGCAAGUCCGAAAAUUGGACGAUGAUACCCGGGUCAUGGAGCAGGGCUUCGCCGAGAGCAUUAGCCUCAUCAAGGACAUCGGAGAUGUGGCAGUGGAAAACGAAAAACUCAAGAAUAAAGUGAGCGAACUCAGAGACAGUGAGGCCCAGACGCUCUUUGAUGAUUUGAGCAAGCAGCUGGAGGACUGCAAGAAAAAGACUCAACUGCUCGAGGAUAAAAAUAAAGCUUUGGGUAAUGCACUCAGAAAACUCGGUGUGGAUCCGGAUGCCAUCGAGAGAGAAGUUGAAAGAGGAGAGGGACCACAGGGGGAGAUACGCCGAAUGGUGAAUGAAGCUAAUUUGGAUGGAAAGCCCGGAGAAGACUCUAAGAAGGGUAAGGGUCAAGAUCUAGCUAGACCUGGGGAAGACACUGAGAAGGGUAAGGGUCAAGAUCUAGCAAGACCAGGAGAAAAAAGCAAAGAGAAAGAGCUUGAAAAAGUCGGAGAAACCGCUGGAGCUGGUGAAAAAGGGAAAGGAUCGCCCGAAAAAGAGGACGAGAAAGGAGGAACCGGUGGAACAGAUAAAGGAAAAGCCGGAGAAGACGAUGAGAAGACGCCUGAAGAACCCGCAAAACAAUUAAAACAAGCGACUGAUGGAAAAGGUAAAGGAAAACUCGAAGACAAAACUGACCGCAAACUACCAGCAAAAAGCGGCAAUGUUUCGGGGGCAGAAGAAGAUGGAAAGGCGGCAACGUCUGGAGCAUCGAAAGCAGGCAAAGGGGGUGGCAGUAAGGCACGAGUCGCCAAGGACCAGAAAAAACCGGGAGCUCAUGGGUCAGAGCUGGAGGGAGCAGAGGAACAAUUCGAUGAUUUUGUGCGGAACACUGUUCGAAGCCUAGCGGCUGGCGAGAUCGAUGGCUGUGGGUUGGAGAAGGAGCUGCGCAAAAUCCUCGACCUGUUCGUCGAAGAGUGUGGCUUUUGCUUUUGCAAGUGCAACAUACCCAACAGUCGCUUCUACGCCAUCUGCCACAAGCUGUACCACCGUGGACUGACCACACUGAGCUUCAACGAGCUGGCCUACAUCCACAAGCGUAUCUAUGCUGCGGCCGAGUACAUUCUGCCCGGCUGCCUGUUCAACCACAUGCUACACGAUGGGGCUACAUACGAGUGCCCCGAGCAAAAGCCCACCAUCCACGGCAGACAACAGCCAAAGUGUUACUGCGAUCCCAAAGAGGGACACCUCCUGAAGAAGGUGAUACGUCUGGAGACGGACAUUGAGAAUGCCAAGGUGUGUCUGAAGAACUUGAAGAAUAUGCCAAAGGACUUUGACCUUCCCAUGGGACGCAUCAGUGAUGGCGGUGCCUAUUCUCCAAGGGAGCAACAUGCUUCUCGUUUCACGAAGGCAAAGAAGCAGAAAUAUUUUUCAUAACUAAAAAUGAUGUUCAAUGAUGUUAUUUUAUUUAUUUAUUUGAGUUUUAUAUCGGAAUGCGAAUGAAGUCCCCAUUACAAAAAUCAGUUGUGAAAG